AUGGCCCUCUUCACAAGAACCAGCAGUCAUCCUAACACCACUGGCCCUAUUCCCUGUGGGGCAGACAACACUACAGAGCCUGACCUGCCACGCUCACAUGCCUACUAUGCCCUUUGCUACUGCAUCUUGAUUUUGGCCAUCAUCUUUGGGAACGUGCUGGUCUGCUUAGCUGUGCUGAGAGAACGUACCUUGCAAACCACGACAAACUACCUUGUGGUGAGCCUGGCAGUGGCAGACCUGCUGGUGGCUACCUUGGUGAUGCCAUGGGUGGUGUACCUGGAGGUGACCGGAGGAGUCUGGACUUUUAGCCGCGUCUGUUGCGAUAUCUUCGUCACCAUGGAUGUAAUGAUGUGCACCGCCAGCAUUUUAAACCUCUGUGCUAUCAGCAUUGACAGAUACACUGCAGUAGUGAAACCAGUCCAGUACCAGUACAGCACUGGGCAGAGCUCCUGCAGGAGAGUGUCUCUCAUGAUUGUGAUAGUCUGGAUGUUGGCAUUUGCAGUGUCAUGCCCUCUCCUCUUCGGCUUCAAUACUACAGGGGACCCCAGUGUCUGUUCCAUAUCCAACCCUAGUUUCAUCAUCUACUCCUCUUUGGUGUCCUUCUACCUUCCCUUCAUGGUGACCCUGCUGCUCUAUGUCCGGAUUUACCUCGUGCUAAGACAAAGACAAAAGAAGAGAUCCCUCACCCGUCAGGGCAGCCACAGCGCCAGCACCAAACCGUGCUAUGCACACAAAGAACCCACAGAGAGAAAAGCUUUGCCAAAGAGAUGCCGAGGCACUUUCCCCUGCUGUCUCCCGCUCAAAUGCCCAGGCCAGGAGAUGUCUACCAAAAGGAAGUUGCUGACUGUUUUUAGUCUGCAGCGUUACCGCAGCUUCUGCCAUGAGGCUUCCCUCAGCGAGACACCAGGGACUGCACAACACAGCAGGCUGGAAGAGAGGAAGCCAGGACUGGAGGUACGAAGGCUCAGCGAUGGCAAAACCAUCAGCUCUCUGAAGCUAGCACACCAGCAGCCCCGGCUGAUCCAGCUUCGGGAGAGGAAGGCUACGCAGAUGCUAGCUAUUGUCCUGGGGGCGUUCAUAGUCUGCUGGCUGCCCUUCUUCUUGAUUCACAUCCUCAACGCCCACUGCCCAUCCUGCCACGUGUCCCGAGCGCUUUACAGUGCCAGCACGUGGCUCGGCUAUGUGAACAGUGCCCUCAAUCCCAUCAUCUACACGACCUUCAACACCGACUUUCGCAAAGCCUUCCUCAAGAUCCUGUGCUGUUGA